AGGCCAGAGCAGUCGACCCAGAGAAGAGGAUUGACAGUCUGCAGGGUGACGGAAGUUGCCUGCACCUUCAUCAGUAAACUUAUGGGCCUGUUUUGUGCUGAGAUUCUCUAAAGAGGAGGGUUUGGGGAUCCUGGUCUCCAUGGUAACACGGUCCUGCCCCAGCUGUCAUGUCCUCCAUCUCUUUGUCAACAUCCCCUGGUUGUGGUGGUGAUGCUGCAGCAGCUGCCAUGGCAACCCAGGGAUCUGAGCCGGCUCUGCUGGCCUCAGACCGCUAUGCCAGGCUCAUCCUUGCCCAAAUGAACAAAAUGCGGCUCCGCACCGACUUCUGCGACGUGGGGCUGAAGGUCGGCACCAGGGUCUUCAGGGUCCACAGGUUGGUGCUCGCUGCCAGCAGCCCAUACUUCUCUGCCUUGUUCUCUGGGGGGAUGAGGGAGGUGGAUAAAGAGGAGGUGCAGAUCCUUGGCGUGGAGACUGAAGUCUUUGCGGUUUUGCUGGACUUCAUAUACACAGGCGUUAUCAGCGUGACUGUGGAGAAUGUUCAGGAGCUGAUGGUUGCAGCAGACAUGCUCCAGCUGAACGAGGUGGUGUCUAUCUGUGGAGAGUUUCUCAAGGGCCACAUGGACCCAUCCAACUGUGUGGGCAUCUUUCAGUUCUUGGAGCAGAUUGCCUGUAUGGAUAUGCUGGAGUUCACUGAGAACUACAUCCAUGUUCACUUUCUGGAGGUUUGUGUUACUGAUGAGUUCAGGGGCCUGACAAAGGAUCAGUUGGUGAGGCUGCUGCGAAGUGAGGAGCUGAGGAUUGAGGAUGAGUACCAGGUAUUUACUGCAGCCAUGGACUGGGUUCUUCAAGAUGUGGCAAAGAGGAAAAAACACAUAGUGGAGGUGUUGGAACCAGUCCGCUUCCCUCUGCUUUCCCCACAGAGACUCUUCAAGUACAUAGAGGGUAUUACUGACUUCAGCCUGAGGGUGGCACUGCAGACUCUGCUGAAGGAAUAUACUGAAGUCACUAAGUCUCCCAAAGAAAAUAAGAUGUACAGUCAGCUACAACCAGCCAAGAUGAGACCCAGAAGAAAAGCCAGGAAAUACCUCUACGCCAUAGGAGGCUACACUCGGUUGCAGGGUGGCCGCUGGAGUGACAGCCGGGCAUUGAGCUGUGUGGAGCGCUUUGACACCUUCAACCAGUACUGGACCACUGUAUCAUCCUUGCACCAGGCCCGCAGCGGCGUAGGGGUUGCAGUCCUGGAGGGUAUGAUCUACGUGGUGGGAGGGGAGAAAGACUCAAUGAUUUUUGACUGCACGGAGAGAUACGACCCAGUGACCAAGCAGUGGGCUGCUGUAGCGUCUCUGAACUUCCCUCGCUGUGGAGUUGGCGUCUGCCCCUGCCACGGAGCUCUGUAUGCACUUGGUGGUUGGAUUGGCUCUGAGAUCGGGAAGACAAUGGAGCGAUAUGACCCAGAGGAGAACAAGUGGGAGGUCAUCGGCAGCAUGGCCGUUCCUCGUUACUACUUUGGAUGCUGUGAGCUACAAGGGUUCAUUUAUGUGAUCGGAGGGAUCAGCGAUGAAGGGAUGGAGCUGCGUUCAGCCGAGGUGUAUGACCCCAUCUCCCGACGAUGGAGCGCCCUGCCCGUCAUGGUCACACGUCGAGCCUACGUGGGCGUCGCCUGCCUCAAUAACUGCAUUUACGCAGUGGGUGGCUGGAACGAGGCGUUGGGUGCACUGGAGACGGUGGAGAAGUACUGUCCUGAAGAGGAGAAAUGGGUGGAGGUGGCCCCGAUGUCCACUGCACGUGCAGGCGUGUCGGUGUCAGCAGUUAACGGGCUGCUGUACGCCGUUGGGGGCAGGGCCGCCAGCAGAGACUUCUCCGCCCCGGUGACGGUGGACUCUGUGGAAAUCUAUGACCCUCACCUGGACACCUGGACUGAAGUCGGCAACAUGAUCACCAGCCGCUGUGAUGGAGGGCUGGCUGUGCUCUGAGACACAGGAAUGUUCAGAUUCAAACUGUGAACAUUCAUAUCAGCCCCUGAAUCAUCCCAAACCUGCAUAAACUGAAGACAAGCUGCACCUUAAAGAAAACACACAAGUGUGUUUUUUCUCAUGUAGGCUUUCACAUCAUCAUUUAUGUUAUUUAUACGAGAAUUAGACGUGUUUUGUCCAUUACAUUUGACAUCAUUGAAAACAUGAAUAUAACAGCAUAUCUUCAACUGGAAAACUGCCAAAACUGCUUCCAUUAGUGCUGUUACAUCUGGUUCUCGAUUUUACAAGAAUGUUAGUGUGGCAACACUUGUAUUCCUCUCCUGUGUAUUGGAAGACAUACUGAUUAUGAGGAUAAUUUUUCACAGCUGAGGAAUCUAUUUUUGAUUGAGCAGAGACUUUUCUUGCAAGUGUCAGAGUCCUGAAGGGACUGAGAAUACUGUUCUAGGCUGAGAUGUGAAAGCACUGUUCUUUAGUUUGUUCUCUUUUUAUUUUUCCUCAGAGGAAUGUUUGAGGUGUGUGUGCAUUGCUACUUGGAAAAUGUAUCAGACCACUUUGAGCCUGUUUGAUAAUGGAACCAAAUGAAACUUAGAAGUGUUUUAAGUUUCUGUAAAUAAUUAUGAACUUGAACAGCACACUACUGUUGUUAACAUCAGUGCAGUGCUCGCUCCGUUUCCACUGGAUUAUUUUUGUAUAUAUGAUUCUGUAAAUAAGUGUGCCUCUGCCACUAUUUACACUUACAACCCGUUGAGUGAAUACUGUUCAUUUCACUCAUUGGUUAGCACCUAAUAUUACUAGAAUUUACAUUUCAACCUUCUGAUGUUAGUAAUUGACAAUGCACAUGUUUAGAAAUGUGUUUACCUUGUUUACAUUAAGUACUGUUAGUUUCCUCUUUGGAUUUUGUCACAUUAGCGCAUAUCACAAUGAGGUGUUGCACAAUGACAGUAUUGUCAUGUACUGUUAUCCCUUUGCAAGGAAUAUAAUAUUAAUGUUACACAAAAGUAAUUACAUCUUUUAUUGUUUGUUUUUCAUAUUUAAUAAAUUUCAUAAAGGUGG